AUGUCUCUGCUUUUCAACCUUGUAGCAAAACUCUUUGUUGAAGAAGGUGAAAAGGCCCGUUUCCUCUCGUAUCCACGAAAAAACCCGUACCUAUUGGCGGAUGUAAGUAUUGACGAAGACGAAUCUUCAAAUGAUGAAGAAAACGUAUUUGCAAGUUAUUGGGUCUUCAAUCCAAGGAGUGAAAAAAUCAUCAACAUUACUGGCAAGAAAUUCCCAAGAGUGCUGUACGAUGAUGGAUGCAUGCUCCUUGGAACCUCACGUGGCUGGGAAGUUUUUAUGCGUAUGCAUGACUCCACCAUACAUCUUAGCCAAGUGUGUCAUCCUUGGUCCUCAUCAGAUGCAUCUCUAAAAACCAUUGCUCUGCCUCCGUUUAACGAUCACUUCGCUCAUCAUUCCUAUAAGUACAUAAAUGUUUCCUUGUCCAGUCCUUUUCCUCACCAAGACGAAGAUUAUAUAGUGAGUGUUACCUUCUUGGGAUCUAAACUUAGUUACUGUAUGCCUAAUCGAGAUUCAGAGUGGACCAACAUCAACAUACCUUUCUCCUGCGAAAAACCUAGAGUCGUUUAUUCUCGGAAAGACCAAAUGCUCUACCUCCUCCCAACAGGAUGUGCCUACCUGGCUGCCUUGGAUGUCAAGAAAAACAAGAAGAACCCUAACUUUCUAAGGUUGCAUUUUGAGAGCUUCCCUUCGAUACCACAACACGAGUGGGAGAUAUUGGCUUCAUGUUUACGAAGUGAUUAUAUGGUGGAGUCGUCUUCAGGCGAACGUUUCAUUGUUCAAUGGUAUGUCGAGCCAGCUUCCAUUGUUGGGGACAUUACUAGACUAGAUAUAUCAACCAAGCGGUUCAUGGUGUUCAUGAUAAAAGAAGUGGGGAGAUACGAAGGAAGCAGAGUAACCGCUACCUACACAGAAUACAUUGGAGAUCUUUGCAUUUUCGUUGGCCAGAAUGAGACAUUCUGCUUAGAGGCAAGCAAGUUUCCUGGACUCAGGCCAAACUCUAUAUAUUAUGCUGGCUAUGGCUUCGGUAUUUACGAUAUUAGUAGAAAAAGCAGCCGCGAAUACGAUAUAAGUGGGUUUCCUACGAAUCGUAUAAGAACUUUAUUUCUGUCUCCUUCUCUCUAUUAG